ACACCCAAGCAUCAUCCCCCUCCGACCGCCCACGCACGAGCAGGGGGAGAAAGUGCUUUGUCAAUGAGGACACAACGCUGGGAGCGGCAGGGAUUGAAACAAAGUUUCCGAAUCUCUCUCUCGGAAUACAGAAACGGAUUCGUCCUCUGUUGGAUUGUAACAUUGUUUCGAUAAUCCCGUCGUCGCGGACGGGACACUGAAAUACAGUAAAUCACGUCGCUACUUUGUAACCCUGUGUGGCACUGAUGAUCUCGAAUGACAACCGUUUCGUCGCUGAGAUGAGGCAAUAGCUUACCGUGAAUUGAAAAGCGUCUUCUAUGCAACAAGUUGUGGUCUUGAAUGGGAUUUUAACUGAAUAUAUUCAAUACAGUUCCAAUAUUUACACUAUAUGGCUACAAACCACGUAGAUUAGCCUAGUUGGGUAUUUUAAUAUUUUUUUAGCAGGCAACUUUCUUCGUUUUCCUUGCACUACCGAGUACCGUAGUCGAGCCAAUAUAUUCACCGUCGGUGUGCUUCCCUGGAAACGCUUUUGAGACCGUCUGCCAUCCAUGCAUUUUAGCACUGACAUUUUAGGUUAAGUAGAGAGCCAUGACGGGAAGACUGGCCCUUCAAGUAGUCACAGCAUACGCUGUUUGUCUGUCCGUGUGUCUGGUUGUGUCAGUCAAGGGAGAUCACUGCCUCCUCAUCAGUGAGGUUAACGCAGACAACCCCAAACUGGACACCACAGAGUUCGUUGAGCUCUAUCAUACCGGCGGUCAGAGGGCUUCACUGGACGGCUACACCCUGGUGUUCUACAAUGGAAAUGGCAAUAUAGCCUACAAAGUACUGGACUUGAAGGGCCACACCACGGACGACCGGGGCUUCUUCCUGGUUGGCUCGGUGGACAUGCAGCCCAAACCAGCCAUCCCCCUCCCACCCAACACCGUCCAGAAUGGCCCGGACGCCAUUGCUCUUUACCACACGUCCGCCACACGCUACGGGGAGAAGAUGAACGCCACAGCCGUGGGGCUGGUGGAUGCCAUCGUGUACAUGACGCGGCGGUCUGGGGGCGCGGAGGUCCUGGCCGAGAUUUUGACCCCUGGGGAGCCGGCCUUUGUUGAGGACGAGGGGGCCCACGAGGGAGACGAGUCAAUCGAAAGGUGCCUGGUCUCUGGAGAAAACUGGGGCUUCCAGGUGGCCCUACCUUCACCUGGCCAACGCAACCGCUGCACACCCUCUGAUUCCAGUGCUGCCACUACGCGUAUCAGCGAGCUGAAGCUGGGAGGUGGGCAGGUGGACGGGUUUGUGGAGCUAAGUGAGUCCCAGGCUGCAGGACCUCUGGUGCUGCUGGUACUGGACGGGCGGACGGAAACGAUCAGUGUGAGUGUGGACGUGUCCAACUCCAGGGAAGGCCUGCUCUCCAUCACCAUUGACAAGAACAACAUGAAAGGAGAUGAGUCUGGGGCGGUGGCGCUGUAUAGUGGCAAGGCCUCCGACUUCCCUGUGGGCAGCCCUCUGAGCCAGACACAGCCCUUAGAUGCCUUCGUGUACAUUGGACCAGGGGACCAACCCAGUGCCAACCUCACAGAGACCCUCAUACCAGGCAGACAGCCCUACCAGCUCAGCGCCAGAUUUGGGGAGGGAUGCCUCUACCUCAGUCGCUGUGGUGUGGCCAGUUGGACAAGAGACCCCGGUGUAUUCUGGGAAGCGCCACAAACUCCCGGACAGCCCAACCAGUGCCCCUGGCCAAAGAUUUGUCCUCACGUCACUGUAGUCCCUGGGAGUACGGAGGUGCCCCCUCACCUCCCGCCCUGGGCCCGGGGUGACUUCCUGAUCAGCGAGCUAAAUGCAGACAACCCGGGCUCGGCCGAGGACGGCGAGUUCAUUGAGCUGUGGCACCCGUCGGGCCGCCGCAUCUCCCUACUGGGAGUGUGGCUCCUCCUGUUCAGUGGACAUAACAGCAAGCCCUACCGUGAGAUCAGCCUCACAGGCCACUUCACCACUGCCCAAGGCUACUUCCUGGUGGGCAGUGAUAGGCUGGUCCCGGCCCCCUCGGUUCGCCUGCCUCCCAACACCAUCCAGAACGGGCCGGACGCAGUGGCCCUGUACCGCAGCGCCUUUGGCCCGCCCUCAGCCUCCCAGAACGGGAUCCCAACCCAGGGGUUGCUGGACGCGGUGGUGUACCGGCUGAGGGGCUCGGACAAGGACGCCCAGGAGCUGAGUGAUGCGUUGACCCCAGGACAGCUCCCCCUGCUGGAGGACCCGGAGGUGCAGUCCGGAGACGAGGCCUUGAGCCGCUGUAAUGGCCUGCUGCCUGCCGACCUGUCUGCUUUUGUGGUGGCCCCACCCACACCUCUGAGGGAGAACUCUUGUCCCCGCCCACCCCCUCCCCCCGAGGGUGUGGUCAUCAGUGAGGUGGGCGGUGCCCACUGGACCAACCACAGCCAGCAGAGUGGGUUUGUGGAGCUGUUAGGAUCGCCCCUGACUUCUCUACAGGGCCUGGUCCUGACUGUGUUUGAAGAGUAUCGCGCUGGUACAACUAUGGCCCUCCCUCUGACCGGAAUCACAGACCAUAAUGGCUUCUACCUCAUCGGGAACAUCACGGGAGCUGACCAGGUGUUUCCCAAGGGGGCCACAAUUCCGGCCAAUGGGGCUGUAGUCCUGUGUUCUGACACAGUCACUGUGUGUAGAGCUGGUACCACCCUAACCAACAGCACUCUUCGUGACACACUAGUGUUCAGUGAUGAACUGAGAUUGCUCAUUAAACUCUCUGCCACCAGAGGGCAGCAGGUGAUGCCUGUACUCAGGUCAGUGGAGGACGGUCCCGUGUCUCUCAGCCGUUGCUCCUGUUGCGAGGCGAGAAGCCCCUCCUCCUGGAUCAGCUCCUCCCCCACCCCGCGCCUGACCAACAUCUGCCCCAGCCCCGCUUUCUCCAGCGACCUUAACCUAUGCCUGGCUCCCCUCUCCGGUGAUUGGCAGGAGCACCCAGGAAACUGCAGUGGACUGGUGCAGGGUCACAGUGAGAUGGAUGUGGCUGGCUAUCUAGAGGAAAGAUGUCACUGUGGGAUCUCUUCCCUCUACCUGCAGGUGGCCAACUUCUCCUGUGUGGCCGGGUGGCUCCGUGUACUGGGGAACAUCCAGGCCCUGUCGGACCAUCAGAGGGCCCUCAUCCUCCAGACCUCCCUCACCCAGGGGGACACCUGUACCGACCCGACUACUGACCGACGCAUGAGCACUGAGUCUGCCCUGGGCCUGCAGAUUGGCCUGGUGCUGGGAGCUCUACUCCUACUGGGACUGGGAGCAGCCCUCUUUACCUACCUCUACAAAAAGAGGCGACCAUUGGACUAUUACUCCAUGGAGCUGAAUGAACCUGAAGAGGGACCUUCAGAACUUUAAGUGCGUGUGCAUAUGAGGGAGCAUUUCUUAGCUCUGGUGUGUGAAGGGAACUCCUGCCUGUUUGUUUAAAACAUUGUAUUCUUCUGUCUGAUUUGGAAUAGGGAUAUCCCGCUAGAUAAGAGACCAGCACCACUUUUGUUCAUCUGUAUGAAUUCCCAUCUUUUUACAUUCCCUCCAUCAUAAUUCAGUCAAUGUUGCACUAUAUUUAUUGCUAUGUAAUCAUGGUAAUACAGUCCUGUGCCUGCGUUUUCCUUCAAAUGUAAAAUGUUCUCUCUUAAACAGAUCUGAAAGUGUAUAAAGUAACAAGACUACCAAUCUCAAAAGUAAUCAUGAGUUACCAGUACUAAAAAUGCUGUUUUAUUUAGUUAAAAUGUGAAUGCUUGUGAUUAACCAGUGAUGAGUGUUGGUCAGAAUUCGUGUUUACAUUCUAUUAGAUGAGGAAAUGUGAAAGACAAUAUGCAUAUGGAGCCUCUCUCCUCUAGCUAUGGAGUCCUUUAUAAGCACAAAGCUAUUUUAUGGUAAUUUCCCACCCCCAAAAAGUUUACAAAUAAUAAUUUGAUAAGAAUAGUAUUUUUGUAAUUGAGAUGAUCGAUCAGUAUCAAUUUGAAACUGUUUUAUAAUGGCUUGUGUGCUAGCUGGCUUGCGAACCACUAUUGUGCCUUUCUACUUGUAUGAGGUCAAAUUAGGCAUGAUCUGAUUUAGUAUUUUGUAGAGGAACUAUAACAAUGUCUGUGGAAGCCUUGCCUGUAAAUGUUUUAAAUGUUCUCUGGGGGAAUCUGUAUGCAGAAGCAACAAUGAAAACAAUCAAUCAACAGUAAACACAAUGUUUAAUGUGAAGACACCAAUGGAAGUUAUUAUAGGUUUGCAGAAAUGUUAGUGUUAAUUCUGAGCAAAAACCAGGCUGUCCUUUUUCUAUAUGGUUCUCUUUUCCAUCUGAUGGAAGUGCAUUGACUUUAAUCAGCUUCUUGAAAUAGAAUAAGACAAAGUGGUCUUUGAUGAUUUCAAUCACUACCCUACACAAAACAAUCAAAGUUCAUUUUCAAAUCUUAAGAACCAGUUAAUGUUUUUUUUUUUUUUUUAAUGUUUCCUCAUGUCUUGUAUAUAAUUCUGUAAAGUUAAUGCUAGUAGUGUCCUGAACACAUUCCAGUUCACAUGUCAAGGUAUUUUAGCACUUCAAGUCAAACCUCCAAUGUCUACCCCUUGCUCUCUCCCCACCUGUGAAAUUUCAGUCAGAUCUUGCGCCUGCACUUAAAUGACCAAUUAAACAUGUAAACCACAAGCUUAUGGGUUCCGUAGCUAGCUUCUCUAUCGGUGCUAAUUGGAUAAUUCAAUUUGAAUGAAUUUUAAGGAGCAUAAUGAACCGUGACUUUUUGGGGUGGUUCAAACUGGUUCAGAACUUUAUUUUAUGGUCGGAAUGAAAAUAAAUUGGGGUUCUGUUUUGGAACAAUUGGGAAAUAAUUUUGGUUCCAACCCCUGUUCAGAACACAGCCUUGUUGUUGCUCUAGAUUUGCUCUUUGUAAAGUAAUAGAACCGUUUGUGGCUUCGCUGUAAAAAAUAAUUGUUAAACUGCUUUUAAAUGUCUCAUUGUAUCUAGAUUAAUUUGACUAUAAAAACGAAAAGAAAAAAAUCUAUGUAAAGAAACAUUUUGAAGAAUGUGUCCUUUUUAUUGCUUGCUAUUCUUAAACAACAUAAUUGUGUUAGUGCUCAGAAAACAAAUGUACAUUUCAAUUGAAUGCACUUUGGUAGCUAUAUUUUUUUUCAUCCCAUGUAGCUAAAAUUGUAUUCCAAUAAAUAUAUAUUUGUUCAGAACA